AUGACCCUCGUGCUCUUUAAAGGAAAACCAGGAGACCUGAUCGAGAUCUUUCGUAAGGCCUUUCAGCACUGGGCCAUCUACAUCGGAAAGAAUGAAGUGGUUCAUUUCGUGUUAGAUGGUGGUCUGUCAACUGGCUUGUCGGCGAGUCUGAGCAGCACCGGAAAGGUGUUGCGUGAGAAGCUCACCGAUGUGGUCGGCAAUGACCGUUACAAGGUCAACAAUCAUCUGGAUAAGAGGCGCAAGGCUCGUGAUCCUUCCAUCAUAGUGAAGGAGGCCUGUGCGAUGGUGGGCCACGAGCUAAAGUACAGCAUUGCCACUUUCAACUGUGAGCACUUUGCUACCAAGAUGCGAUACGGCGUGGGAGUGUCUCAGCAGGUGUGUAUCUAA